GAAAUCGACAGCGGUAAGCCUUUCACUGAGAAUUAAUUUCAGUUUUUCCGAUCAGCUAUGUACCGUCUACUGCAUGGUGGAUGACUGGUAGUGUUUUUAUCGCCAUUAUACAGUUCGGAUAUGUUCCCAGCUCAAACAGUUAUUAAUAUAGAUAUUAUGCGACUCGUAUCUCCCCCGUUUUGUGAGUGUUUGCAUUCAUUAUCAUGCAAGAAAGUCAACAUACUAGCAUAUUAUGCAUUCUGUCAUUCGGAUCUUGAAGAUGCGGAACUUAGCUGACGUUUCUAAAGGAGAGCAGAGAGAAUUCUUCAAGUCUUUUGACUAUGUUAUGUCUGAUAUGGACGGUGUCAUUUGGACAAAAUAUCAAGUUCACAAAGGUGCGGCCGACUGUUUGAACGCGCUCAAAUCCAUGGGAAAACGCGUACACUACGUGACAAACAACUCUAUUGCAAAAAGUGAAGAUCUAGCAAAACUUUUACGAUUAAACAAAUUUGAUGCAAAAGACGAAGAUGUAACAAAUCCACAACAUACAGUUAUUGAUCAUCUGAAAGAGAAGAGAUUUGAAGGAACGCUCUAUGCAAUGGUUACUGAGAAUGUUCGAGCACAGAUUAGAAAUGCGGGAUUUACUGUAGCUCCUCCACCAGAAUAUCCAAUCGAAGAGAGUAUUGAAGCAAUGACGAAAUACCUUCAAGAUGACCCAAAUGUAAAGGCUAUCCUCACAGGAAUAAAUUUCAAUAUGACGUUUUUAGAACUACAGAAAGCUUUAAUGUAUUUAAAGAGAGAGGAUUGUUCCUUUUUCACGUGUGGUACGGAUAUGGAAAUUCCAAUCGGACCUAUUGGACCUCUUAUUGGUACAGGACGCUUCACAGAGAUCCUUUCAAGUAUUAGCAAUCGAAAACCAAUAAACAUUGCCAAGCCGUCACUUCUCAGCUGUGCUCACGUCAAUAAAAAACUGGGUAUCCAGAAACCAAAUCGGGCUCUUUUUAUCGGAGACUAGUAAGUAGUGAUUAAAUCCGUUUUAUUUGAUGAAAAUGCUAUUUUUAGGUUAACAUUUCCAGGUUUAGUGAAUUUUUAGGUCGAUAACUCUGUAAUUACGCAUGGUAUCCAAAAAAGUUAAAUACAGAAAUUGUUCCAACAUUACGCUCCUGACUUGGGAAAUAUUUUGGUUUAUAUAGGGUUUAUAAAGGGUAACUGCGUGGUGACCCAAACAUGCACAUUUUCAAUGGUAAGCCUUAAAUUUAAUUGAAAGACACUCUGACACUUUGAGUCGUACCUCCAAAAUGUUAUUGAUAGAGUACAGAAUUCUUUGUCAAAAUAUUUUAAUGCACUUAUAAUUUAUUCCUAUCUAUUAGCUCUUUGGGUUUAUUGCAUAGUUUAUAUAAGAUCGUCCAGAAGAUAAAAUUUGUCAUCAAUUUUUAAAUGGAAUACCCUGUAUAUUUUCACGAUUUUUAAUACCCAUUUCACAAGCUUUGUUCUGAUCUAAGGCUUAUGGGAGUUUGUACGCUGGUCUAUGAGCUACAAAAACACAGCGCUACAGCUUUUUGACUUUUCGACUUUAUUGCAUGAGGCUAAGUAGAUUUCAUGUUUGAUGAAAAUACAUCAAUUCGAAAGAUCGACCGUUACCAUCUAAAAAUCAUAUUUUACUUUAAAAGGUUUUGUGGUAUUUUUCAUUUACCUUGAUCUUUGCUUU